GACUCGGUCGCCAUUAUGGAGAGUGCCACAGAGUGGCCAUACGACAAGGUUUUGCAACUGAUCGCAUUGUUUCAGCAACGGCCGAUGUUAUGGGAUACUCGAUGCGAUGCUUAUAAGGAUCGGCAGAAACGCCAAGAAGUCACAGUCGAGCUCGCAACGUACUUCAAUGUUGAGAAGGAUGAGAUCGAACGAAAGCUGAAGAAUCUUCAAAGUCACUUCUAUCGCGAGGUUAAAAAGGAGGAACAAUCCAAAUCGAUUGGCGGGAUUUACCGUAGCAAGUGGUUUGCUUAUAAUGCACUAAAAUUUCUGGCGGACAAGAGCAAACCAAGGCGAACUCAUAUUUCAGCUAUCGGUAAUAAAAUGCCGACAACGCGGCAAAAGCCGACGGUGGCUCACAUGUCAACAAGACAUAGCGACAGAAACCGCCUCAGAAAAACUGAAUACGAUUCGAAAAAUUCAUCUUUACGGAAAAAAUCUACGAUCAAAAACGAAAAUGCCGCAUCAAUCAUGAAUAAUUUUUUAUAUAUCGAUACGAAUCAGCAAGACAAUAGUAUGGAUAACAGUCAGGUAGAUUACUGGGAGGAGAAGCCAGUCAGUAUAGCCAGUCAAGAUCCGAUUGAGUUUGCGACGCAAACGAUCGACGAGCAAUCCCAGCAUAUUACCAAUUUUGAGGACAACCGGCCAAACGGGAAAGGGCCCUCGACUUCUUGCAAGCAAGACACGAAGACUGCCGUGAUAUCUGAAGAUGUGAUCGGGCCGGCGAUCGAUUUUUUCCUCACCGAAUUGAAGACUCACGGUUCAAAUGACCCGGAAUUGAACUUCUACCGGAGUCUCAUUCCGGACAUUAUGAAACUCUCUGAUAAAAAACGCAGACAGUUCAAAGAAAUGGUACUAUGCACGUUGAACAAGCUCUUAGAUGAGGAUGAGAAAGCUUAGAAGAUGUAAAGCGAUUUUACGAAAUUCAACGGAAAUAUGUGGAUUUUUAUCGCGCGAUAUGUGUUAAAAAUUAUAAAUAAUAAAGAAGUUGCGUUCAGGUA